CGGCAUUCAGCCAUCGGACUCUACAACAUUCCACCGCAAUCGCAAAAAUGGUGUCUUCUACGGCGCUGACGACCAAGGUGACCUCGGGUUCUCCCUACCAGCUCGAUAAGAGCCAGGUCUCGCGUGCAUCCUCCGCCUUGUUGCGCCACAUCAAAUCUAAGCAAGACGAGAAAGAGAAGACCGCCACCAAGAAGACGCUUAUCGGCGACAACGACUCUGAUGAUGAGGACACUCCGAUGCACAACGAGGCCGUGUGGCUCGUCCUGACGACCAAGAAGCACGUCGUCGACAAGAACCGUCUUAAGCCCGGCAAAAUCACCAUCCCCCACUCCCUCAACUCCUCUCCCUCCCUCAGCAUCUGUCUUAUCACUGCGGACCCCCAGCGCUCCGUCAAGAACAUUGUCGCCGACCCCUCAUUCCCUCAACAUCUUACCUCCCGCAUCGACAAGGUCAUCGGGUUCUCGAAACUCAAGGAUCGCUACAAGAGCUUCGAGAGCCGCCGACAAUUGCUCUCCGAACACGAUGUUUUCCUGGCUGAUGACCGCAUCAUCAUGCGCUUGGUCAACACCCUCGGCAAGAUCUUCUACAAGUCCAGCAAGCGCCCGAUUCCCGUCCGCAUUGCCGAGAUCGAAAAGGUCGAUGGAAAGAAGGUCAAGAAGGACCCCAAGUCGAAGAACAAGGAUGACGACAGCGCCUUCGCUACCCCCGCUAUUGUGGCCAAGGAAAUCGAGAAGGCCCUGAACUGUGCCCCGGUGCAUCUGGCUCCUGCUACCACCGCUGCCAUCCGCGUCGGAUCGUCCAAGUUCACCGCCGAGCAGCUGGCUGAGAACGUCGAUGCCGUGGUCAAGGGCCUGACCGACAAGUUCAUCACCAAGGGAUGGCGGAAUAUUAAGGCAGUUCACAUCAAGGGCGCCAACACGAUGGCUAUGCCGAUCUGGUUGGCCAGUGAGCUGUGGGUUGAGGAUGCAGAUGUGGUGGAGGAGACCGAGGACGCCAAGGCCAUCGAGGGCAGCAAGAAGCGCAAGCAGAGCGAUGGCGAGGAGGAGAAGCUGAUCGAGGAGGCGCCCAAGAAGACCAAGAAGGCCAAGCCGGCCGCGGAUGACGAGGAGGCCUUGUCGCUGGCCGCAAGGAAAGAGAAGCUGCAGAAGCAAAAGGCCAAGGCGCUGGAAGAUGGCGCGGCCCCGGGAACACGAUUCUCCGCUCUACGCGCCCUGCGCGCCGCCCGCACCACCCCUGCCAUCCCCGCCUCCACCUCCGCGCUCGCCCGCCUCCUCUCCACCCUCGCCGUCCUCGAACAACGCGACGGAAAGCUCCAGUCCUCCUCGCUGUCCGCUAUCGCCGCGGCCCAGAAACUCGGCGGCCCAGUGACGGCUUUUGUGGCGGGUGCUGGUGUCAAGGGGACUUCUGCGGCCGAGGCCGCGCAGAUUAAGGGUUUGGAGAAGGUUAUUGCGGUGGAGAAUGAGGCUUAUGAGAAGGGCCUCCCCGAGAAUUACGCCCCUCUGCUCGUCGAAAACAUCAAGAAAGGCGAAUACACCCACAUUGUAGCCGGGCACUCGGCAUUCGGAAAGAGUCUUUUACCUCGUGUUGCUGCGUUGUUGGAUGUUCAGCAGGUGUCGGAUAUUACGGGCAUUGAGAGCGAGGAUACAUUCGUCCGCCCCAUCUACGCCGGCAACGCCAUCCUAACUGUCCAAUCCACCGACGCCAUCAAAGUCCUCACCGUCCGCGGCACCUCCUUCCAAGACGUCACCACCACCGGCGGCAGCGCCUCCAUCGAGGAAGGCUCCGACCCCAACACCCCUCUCCAAACCACAUGGGUCUCCGAGGAGCUCGCUAAAUCCGAGCGUCCGGACCUCGGCACCGCCUCCCGGGUAGUUUCCGGCGGCCGCGGUCUCAAGAACAAGGAGGAGUUCGAGCGUCUGAUUGUUCCGUUGGCGGAUACGUUGGGUGCGGCGGUGGGAGCGUCCCGCGCGGCAGUGGACUCCGGAUUCGUGGAUAAUAGUCUGCAGGUUGGACAGACGGGCAAGAACGUCGCGCCGCAGUUGUACCUCUGUGCAGGUAUUUCGGGCGCUAUCCAGCAUUUGGCCGGUAUGAAGGAUAGUAAGGUGAUUGCGGCCAUUAACAAGGAUCCCGAUGCGCCGAUCUUCCAGGUUGCGGAUGUGGGACUCGUGGGGGAUUUGUUUGAGGCUGUGCCGGAAUUGACGGAGAAGUUGAAGCAGUAGAUACGAUGGAUUUCUUGGUGGUUGGUAGACCGUGAGGGGGGUGUAUUAUGUAUGAUGUGAUUUAUUUUGGCUGAUGGAUUAGAUAUACCAAUGCCAAUGCCAAUGCCAUGUUUUGUCCAG